AACAGAGACUCUAUCUCAAAAAAUAAAAAAAGAAAGAAAGAAAGGAAAGAAAAUUAGCAUAACCAAGGGUUAAGGCAGAAGCAAAAGAACAGCAGGUGCAGCAAGUUCUAGGCCAGGCCAGGUUAAGCAGCACACAGGUGACAUCUUUACUCCUGUAAUAACAAGACAGAAGUCUUCAAUUCAGCUUCUGAGUGGCCACGGGCCAAUCCUUCAUAGGGUGUAACCAAUUGGAGGCCUCGAAAGGGCACCUGUGGGUGUUAUCAAAUCCUUUAGCUUAAUAAAAACCCUAAAGAACAUUGUAAUCUGGGCUCUUGAGCCGCUUGCUCUAGUCCGCUCUGGCUCUGUAGAGUGGACUUUCGCUUCAAUAUAUCUGCGGUUUCGUUGCUUCUUUCCUCUUUCGGGGCUUCGUUCUUUUGUUGCUUCAUGUAGUUUGUUUAAUUCUUUCUUCAAUGAGCCAGAAACGUGGGCAAGUUGCAGUCAAGACCUUCCAUCCAGUAAAACUUCUACACUCUAGAAGUCUCAGUAUUGCCAAGAGAUGUCAAGGCAUCAAGGAGUCAAGUGUGGUAUAAGGCCUAAGAUUAAGGCUUAGUAUUACACGUGCCCUGACAUUGGGGGAAAACAAGGAGGCCUAAAUGGAUUAACUGCAAUAUUCCCUGCCCCACUGUACUCCUUUGAAUAAGUUGCCCUAGCCGAACCACUCCCCUCAGAGACCAGGCACAUUACCUGCUUACUGCCUAGCAAUGGGCCUCAGGUUCCAGCCAGCCUGGAGAAUUAUUCAAACAGGCCAAUCACACCCUCCUUCAAGAACCAGGUGUUACCUUCCAUACUCUUGCUACUACAAAGCCUCCUGGGAUAGCCUCCACCUGAUUACUUUGUUCCUGAGUGCUGCUGCACUGUACCCCGCAUGGUGUGCUGGGCUCUCCUUCCCUGGGGCGUAAGUAUGGGUAAUUAGCAAACCAGUGUUCACCUCAUCUAUCCAGUGUUAGCUACCAUGUGCUUUGCAAUAAUCUGCACUUCCUUUCUAAUUCUUGAGAGACAUCCGGGUCCUCUGCUCCUGGGUGGAGGAUUUUAGAAACAAGGCCACUCAGAAUGGGGAGGUGAAUUGAACGCCUGCGGGUCCGACACAGCACCAAACCUCGCCACGGCCUUCAGAAACCAAAAGUGCAACCGCCAGGAAAAUGACUGCCGGUUCCGGUCACACGACCAGCUACACUAGCCAGGCCGAGAAGGAGAAAAGAGGUUCACCAAAAAGAGGCCGACGAGCCAGAAACCACCCUCCAGAGAACAGGGUACAUUCUUCCGAAGACAUACACGCACACUCCGAUUCAUACCCACAGCCCCAGCAAUUUUUUUCAGGGGCUGCAGCCUGACGCAAAGCAGAGCCCAGUCAGCCUUGGCAAGGCGCAUGCGCGAAUCGCCAGCCGAUGCUCACGUCACAGAGACAGCCACCAUUGCCUGGAGACGAGUCCUUGAGGCUCCGCGAAGGAGGAGCCUUCUGUGGGAGCGCAUCGGACUCGGGGCUAAGGCCAGUCCUCACCAGGGCGUCGAUAGGAUGGUAUCCGGAGGCCAGCAUCCUCGGAGGGUCGACCAGGAGGAAGAAACCUCAGGCGGAGCGCCUGGAAGCCGCGCAGGAUCCCAGGCUCAGGCCUGCGCGGACGGUGUGCUGGUGAGUCUCUCCAAAAGUCUUGCCCUUGCGAUCUAGAGGACAGGUCUACUUGUGUGCCCGAGGGCUCCUCUCUCACCCCAGGGUCGUUGUCGCGGAGAGCAGAACCCGGAGGCUCCAGGGGCGGCCUAGGGGUGAAUGUUACUGUGCCACUCCAGUAUGUCUGGGUUGUGUCUCUUUCUCUCUCGUUUCUGUCUCUUUUCUCGACUAUCGCCCUCUACCUGUUUACGUCCGUGUGUGCGCGUGUGCGCGAGUAUAUUGGGAUGCAUGUGAGCUGAAGGGCGGUUCCUUAUAUGUUAGCCUUUAUUCUGUUGAGCCUCUCCCCGAAUCUCUGCCUGGGUCGCGUGGCCAGUUGUCAUUCAUUUCCCCGAAGGUUCCAGUUUGGGUUUGUGAUCACCUGGGCAAUGUGGGGAGCUGCAUCGGACAUGCAGGGGAUUAAAUCAGCUCCCCAACCUGAGCGGCCUCAUUGCUAGUAUCAAGACGAUAACACACCAGCAGAGGACAAAAUUCUCACAAAAGCUCAUUAUCCACCUGCAUGAGAGGUGCCCAUCGACGUCACUCCUCUCGAUCCUCCCGCCGUAUGUCCUCAUUGAGAAAUCUGGAAGCAGUUGGAAACAAGGAAGGAAAAGAACGUGGGGAACGGGAUGUGGCAAGCACCUCUGCACCCGAACGCUGGCCUUCCUCGUCAAGUCACCCGUUUGGCACUCCUCCCCGCCUGCCCGAGGCAGUGGCAUUGUGCCAUAUAAAGCCUGGGCUCUGGCCUCUGCUCUGUCCUCCCUCUUGCUCUGCCUGCCCUGUUUCUGAGAAGCCCAAGGGCUUCUUAGUCUGGCUGAAUGUAUUCGACAAAAAACACGUCCCAAUCCAUUAGGGAGAAAAUUCGUGAGGAUGCGGUUCAUGGUUGUUUCCCUCUGAAACUUAUCUCAGGAUGAUUGGGCGCGUGUGAUGAUCUGGAGCUCUGGGCUUCCAUACCUUUCUGGGACAGGGAACCUCCCUUGAAAUCCACAUCCCAAGUGAUGGCUGAGUAAUUGCUUUACGAAUAGCGGGAAGUGACUGUGGCUGGCUUCUUGCCUUGGAGAAAAGGCUGUGGCACAUCCCAACUGCACACCCUCUCUGAUCCUUGAGGGACAUCCUGUUCCUCUGCUCCUGGGGAAAGUGUCUUCAAGCACUGAAUCUUUUGGCAGCCACGGAUGUCAGGGAGGCAAGGGACAGGGUUUUCCUGGGUGCGGGGGAGGUUGCGUCAGGGGUACCUAGCCGGUGUCGGUGUCGGGGUGGGGGCGGCCUGUACUUUGUCGAAACUGGGGCCCUCUGGCAGCAUCCCCGAAUGUGGCUGGGAUAGGACUCGGGCACAGGCCCCGUCUCGCAGGUUUUCAGGUGUGCUUGGCUUUUCCUCAGCGUGGUCGGGGAAGUCUCCCGUGGCCCCCGGGGCACACGGCUGGACAUCACGGACCGUCUGGCCAUCGUCUGCUACGGCCUCAAAGACAGACGCCCACUCCAUCUGCUCUCGGGGGAUGUCAGUGCCACGUGUAGUCACAUUGGAUCCAUCUCGGACCUGCCUCUGGCUCUCCUUGCCCAUGUCUCCGGAAGCAGCGUCGGGAUGCCGGAGCCCUCGGGACUUGGAGAUUAAGGGAGGCCGCUCCUCCACCAAGGAAGGAGGGCAGCGGAUGGCUCAUGGGUCCGUGCAUUUUCAGGCGACAGCACGCCUUGCGGCCCUGGGGAUCUCUCUGUGCCCCAGCGAGACCCUUCCUGCCUCACUGCAUUGUAACCCCAUUCCCGAUGACCCGGUCGGAUCCAUCAUCCGAUGGAGAGAGAAGUCGGCACAGCCCAGGCGGCACCCUGAAGCUCCUCCUGCACCGGGAACCGAAGCAGAAGACCGAUCAAGGAGGUCCGCAAGACAGGACUACUACGGGUCCGACCCUGGGUCUCCCGCAGGCCCCUCUCGCAGUCCUUUUCCCACGCUCCGCCUCGGGCUGCGCCGCUAUCGCCGCCGCAAUCGACGCCACCGCCACGGCCACGGCCACCGGCGUCUCAGUCCGCGCAGCCGCCGCGUCGCUGCCAUUUUUUAAAGGGUCCGCAGCCUGACUCUCGGGAGCAAGGGGGGAUGUCGGCCCUACCAGUGCGCAUGCGCGAGGCGCGAGCCGCCGCUUCGGUCACAGUGACCGCCACCGUUGCCCGGGGAUGGGUCCCUGAGACUUGGCGAAGUAGGAGUCCUGUGUGAUCGUCCGUCCGAGUCGGGGCUGAGACCAGGCCUGGCCGGGGCCUUACCAGGAUGGUCUCCGGAGGCCGGAAUUCGCGGAGGGUGGAGCAGCAGGAAGAAACCUCGCGAGGAAGAAACGUCAGACGGAUCGCCGGGAG